AAGUUGAAUGAUAAGAUGGUUAUUUUUCGCCUCGUUGAUCGCAGAACGUCGUUUUCCGCGAAUUUUCUAGAACUCGUUAAAGUUUUGAACAACGACAUAUCUGCGUAUACACACGUGCUCUAUCGCUCAAAGAAACUUCGGCAAAGUUGCAGUUACCUAUACAUGCGGAAAACACCGAGAGUUACGCAAUGACACGGCUAACCUCAAAGUUACUCCCGACGUUCUGCGCGCAAAGUAAAACGCAGAGAGAACGGCACCGGGAAAGAGACGAGAAGAUCCGAGCAAUAAGUAUGCAACUGACGUAAAGUAUAUGGAAAUUUGCGUUACUCUACUAUUCACCCGGCAUCGCCCUUGACAAACGUUGUUGUCGAUUGUUUAACAAAGUCCAAACAAUUCUGAUCAGUAAUGUCACAGCAGGUUAUAGAACUUCAGGACGUAAAGACGAGAGCCGACAUUAAUAAACUUUUUUUCCAACAAUGCACUCACCAUGCGCUUGAGGUUUCUUUCGGGACUUACAUCUUUGGUAUCAUUGCAAUACCAAUUGCCUUGAGGAACUUUCACAAACGUAUUCCUAUGGCUAUCGAGUACAAAAUGGCAAUAGGUGCAGUAUCUAUGAUAACGGUUUCUUACUUUGCUGGAAAUUAUGCAAAAGCUAGAUGUGAGAGAAAUUUGAAAAAGCAGCUGCACGAUCUAAAAAUGGAAGUUUAAGAUACAUUUAUUACUUUAUCCAUUAAUACUUAAUAUACAAAAUGAAUAGCAUAUUUAAGAGACUUACACCGCUUGCUAAAAGUGGUUUAUUGUUUGGCAAACAAACUGUCCAGAGAAAGACAUGGUUUAUGGCAUCCAGAUUUAGAUAUGAAGACACAUAUUUUCAUGUCGAUGAAGAGAAAGAGCUUGAAAAUCCAGAAUACAAUGAAAUAUCGAAUGAAUAUCUUGGAGCUAUUGCCAAGGGUCAUAGAACUUUUGUAAUCCAACCUUACAUUAAAUGGGGCAAAGGUAAAAAAUAUAAUACCAAUCGAGAUUUGCAGCUUGCUGAAGCUGUGGCUCUAGUUGAGACUCUGCCUCAUUGGACCGUGGUUGACAAGAUGUGUGUGCCCUUGCUGACUUUGGAAAGGGAACAACUAUUUGGAUCCGGCAGUCUUGAGAAUGUUAAAACAAGAGUUAAGUGUGGACGAAAUGUUACGGCCAUUUUUAUUAGUACAAAUACCCUAAAACAUGUACAGCUUUUGGAGCUGGAAAAAAUAUUUGGUGUACCUGUAUAUGACCGGUAUUCCCUUGUUAUACAUAUUUUUCGAUGUCAUGCCAUGAGCCCUGAGGCAAAACUUCAAGUAGCCCUUGCUGAACUUCCGUACAUUUACAAGAAAAUGAGUGAACUGUGUGGAAGGAUAAAUCUAUUGGAAAAACGCAGAUUAUAUUUGCAAGCUCGAGAGGCACAACUCAGAACGGCUUUAAAAAAACUCAAAAACAACAGAGACACGAUUCGGAAAAAAAGAAAAAAUCGUGGAUUUGCUACUGUUGCUGUUGUUGGCUACACAAAUGCUGGAAAGACAUCGCUGAUUAAAGCAUUAACUAGCGAUGAGAUGCUGAAACCAAGAAAUGUUCUAUUUGCGACACUGGACACAACAGCGCAUGAAGGAUACCUUCCUUGCAACAUGAAAGUUCUCUAUAUCGAUACCAUUGGUUUUAUUCAAGAUGUUCCAGAGACACUGAUAGAACCUUUUGUGGCCACGUUGGAUGAUGCCAUGAUUGCUGACAUCAUAGUGCACGUUUAUGAUGCAAGCCACCCUGAUAAGGAAGCGCAGAUCGAUCAUGUCCGGAAGACGUUAAAAUCGUUAACAGAUGGUAACAGGCCGUUAAUAGAGGUCGCUAACAAAUGCGAUCUAAUCGAAGCGGGAACACUCCCAGAAGAGACGUUAGGCAUUUCCGCGAAAACGACAAGCGGAAUAGAUGUGUUGCGGCACGAGAUAGAGAAGAAGGUUCUGUCGGAGACCGGCAGGUCGGUAAUAAAAAUGCGAGUUGAAUCCGGAAGCGAGGCUGCAGCUUGGCUUUACAAAGAAGCUACCGUCGUGAACGCGGAGGCUGAUCCAAAGGAUCCACAGUUCUUGUUACUCGACGUUGUUGUGACUGAAAACACUCUGCACCGUUUCCGUCGCUUCUUGAAGCAAUAAUUUGAGAUUUAAAGACACAGUGCUUUUUUAAGAGAGAACACUAAUCUAUAUAUUGUGAUAAUUCUAUAUCUGCAUGUAUAAUAGUGUAUAAUGUAUACGGUUGCAUCUACUUGAAUAUUUAUUUUUAAGAAAAUAAAGAAGUUUCAAGCUACAAUCGGGCACGAAGAGAGAAGUCGGGGCUUUGGAUAGCGAACAAUGUAAGAGUGUCAAUUUAAAUCUGCCCACUUUAGCCCCGACAGCGCUCGAUAUUCAAAGCCUCGAUCGUCAGAUUUAUCAGAAAAAAGUCCUAAAA